AUGUCAUCUUCAGCGUCGUCGUUUGGAGAGAAAGAGAAGAACAUUGGACUUGGCGACCCACAGGCAGCAGCACAGAAUCCCACCGAAUAUGAGCCUAUAAAGACGGAACCGAGUGCACAUGACCCAGAGGCGGAUCCCAAGAGGCGACAAGGUUUGUCUCGGCUCGAGAGCAGCACCAGCGCAACAUCAGACUUCAGCGACAGUGAAACAAGUACGAAGAGCUCGAUACGGAAGAACAAGAGGUUUUACAAGAGGCUCAAUCCUCUGAAAUGGGGCCCCAAGUCACCGAUACCGAAGGAGCGAGAAAUAUGCCCAGAGUACACCGCUGGACUCCUCAGUCGAAUCUCGUUCCAGUGGAUGCAACCCUUGAUGGCCACUGGGUACAAACGACCUCUAGAGAAGACUGAUAUCUGGGCCGUCAACCCCGACAGGAGCGCUGAGGUGUUGAUAGAGCGCCUGAAUGCAGCAUUCGCCAAACGAUUGGAGGAGGGAGGCGACAAACCAUUGUUGAUGGCCAUGUACGACACUUUCAAGCGGGAGUUCAUCGUCGGAGGUCUUUGUCAGCUGUCGGCAUCCGUCAUUCAGGCUGUAGCACCAUUUGUCCUGCGAUAUCUGAUCAACUUUGCUGUAAGAGCUUAUGUCGCUCAGCGAACAGAUGCGCCAGCGCCGAACAUUGGAGAAGGCAUUGGACUCGUGGUCGGUAUCACAGCGAUGCAGGCUCUGCAAAGUUUAGCGACUAACCAGUUCAUGUAUCGUGGUAUGAUGGUUGGUGGACAAGCCCGUGCUGUGCUAAUCACAGCUAUAUUUGACAAGGCUAUGAGGCUCUCAGGCAGAGCAAAGGCAGGUGGUCAAGCUGUCAUAGAAGCGCCACCCCCAGACGUCAAGCCAGGCAGCGAAGAGGAGAAGAAGUGGUACCAGAAGAUCCUCAAGAAGAAGGCGAAGAAGGCGAAGACGGGCCCUGAAGGCAUCGCUGGGGGUGGCGAAGGCUGGGGCAAUGGCCGAAUCGUCAACCUGAUGUCCACCGACACGUACCGUGUCGACCAAGCCAGUGGCUUCUUCCAUAUGAUCUGGACCGCACCAAUCGGUAUCCUGAUUACGACGGCCCUCCUUCUUGUCAACCUAAGCUACAGCGCUCUGCCCGGUCUCGGACUCAUUCUGAUCGCCAUGCCCCUACUUGCACGAUCCGUCAAGUCGUUGUUCCGUCGCCGUGUAGCCAUCAAUAAGGUUACCGAUCAGCGUGUCGGUUUGACACAAGAAAUUCUUCAAGCUGUGCGAUUUGUCAAGUUCUUCGGCUGGGAGACAAGCUUCCUCAAACGCAUCCAGGAUAUAAGGAAAAAGGAAAUCCACGGCAUCCAAAUCCUGUUGACCAUUCGAAACGCCGUUCUCGCUGUCGGAAUGUCCAUGCCGGUUUUCGCCUCUAUGCUGUCGUUCAUCACAUUCUCCCAGGUCAACCCCACCCUGAACCCAGCGAAGAUCUUCUCGUCCCUGGCUUUAUUCAACUCCAUGCGAAUCCCGUUGAAUUUUCUGCCACUGGUCAUUGGCCAGGUCAUUGAUGCAAACGCAUCAGUGAAGCGCAUUCAGGAGUUCUUGAUGGCUGAAGAAGCCGAGGACAGCGCCAGGUGGGAUUACAACGCCAAAGAUGCCAUCGUACUCUCGAAUGCAGACUUCACCUGGGAGCGCCAUCCUACGAACGACGAGGCCAAGGAUGGGCCGUCAGGAAAGAAGAUCGGGAAGGAAACAAAGGCCGAAACAAAGGCUAGAGUGCAAACAGAGAAGGAUGAACACGACGCAGAUACGGCGAGGAAGAAGGAUGCAGCAGAAGAGAAACCUUUCGAGAUGAAGGGUAUCAACCUCAGUUUCGGCAGGAAUGAGCUUGUUGCCAUCAUCGGAAGUGUUGGGUCCGGAAAGAGUUCUCUUCUCGCCGCACUCGCUGGCGAUAUGCGCAGAACCAACGGUGAAGUCGUUAUGGGUGCUUCCCGUGCUUUCUGCCCGCAGUACGCAUGGAUCCAGAACGCCACGGUACGCGAGAACAUUGUCUUCGGCAAGGAGUUCAAGCAGACGUGGUACGACCAGGUCAUCGAUGCCUGUGCUCUCAGGCCGGAUCUGGACAUGCUUCCCGUGGGCGACGCGACUGAGAUUGGAGAGCGUGGUAUCACGGUCUCUGGAGGCCAGAAGCAGCGAAUGAACAUUGCAAGAGCUAUCUACUUCGAUGCUGACAUUGUGCUCAUGGACGAUCCACUCAGCGCUGUCGACGCACACGUCGGCCGUCACAUCAUGGAUAAUGCUAUCUGCGGGCUGCUCAAAGACAAAUGCCGUAUCCUGGCUACUCAUCAGCUUCACGUCCUCAAUCGAUGCGACAGGAUCAUCUGGGUCGAGGAAGGCGGUAUUCAGGCCGUUGACACCUUUGAUAACCUGAUGGCCCACAACAAAGGGUUCCAGCAGCUCAUGACCAUGACUGCCUCGGAGGACAAGCACAAAGAAGAGGAUGAGGUCCUGGAGGAUGAAGUGGAAGACGAGAAAAAGAUGGCUAAAAAGGCCAAGAAGCAGAAGAAGGCUGCAGCGCUGAUGCAAGUCGAGGAACGCGCCACGAAGAACGUAUCCUGGGAUGUCUGGAUCGAGUACAUCAGAGCUGCAGGCGGCAUAUGGGUAGGACCACUUGUCUUCAUCUUGCUCGUCCUCUCGCAGGGAGCCAACAUCGUCACCAGCUUGUGGCUUUCGUACUGGACCUCGGACAAGUUUGGCUACAGCAAAGGCGCAUACAUUGGGGCCUACGCUGCAUUUGGCUUCAGUCAAGCGCUUCUCAUGUUCCUGUUCUCGUUCAGCGUCUCAGUCUUCGGUACCGAGGCUGGUAAGAAGAUGCUGCAUAUGGCUAUCAAUCGAGUCCUCCGCGCACCGAUGUCCUUCUUCGACACGACGCCUCUCGGACGCAUCACGAACCGCUUCUCGAAGGACAUCGAUGUCAUGGAUAACACACUCACCGAUGCUAUCCGUAUGUACUUCCUUACCCUCGCCAUGAUCAUCUCGGUGUUCAUCUUGAUCAUCGCCUACUAUUACUACUACGCCAUCGCCCUCGGUCCGCUGUUCAUCUUCUUCAUCUUCUCAGCAGCCUUCUACAGAUCGUCGGCUCGCGAAGUCAAGCGUCAUGAAGCUGUAAUGCGCAGUACAGUGUUCGCCCGUUUCGGCGAGGCUGUCAUGGGUACACCUACUAUCCGCGCCUAUGGCUUGCAGGACCAGUUCUCUCGCACUGUGAGGGAGGCCAUCGACGACAUGAACAGCGCCUAUUACCUUACUUUUGCUAACCAGCGAUGGUUGAGCUCCCGUCUAGACAUUGUUGGCAUCCUGCUCGUCUUUACCACCGGUAUUCUGGUCGUCACAUCUCGCUUCUCAGUCGACCCCAGUAUCGCUGGUUUGGUGCUGUCUUACAUCCUCACCAUUGUUCAGAUGAUCCAGUUCACAGUCCGCCAACUGGCCGAAGUAGAGAACGACAUGAACUCGACCGAGCGUAUCUACCACUACGGUACCCAGCUCGAGGAGGAAGCUCCUCUGCACACCGACGUCCAGGUUCGACCAACAUGGCCCGAACAUGGCGAGAUUAUCUUCGACAACGUGGAGAUGCGGUACCGUGCCGGUCUGCCUCUGGUGCUCAAGGGCCUCAGCAUGCAUGUACGUGCUGGCGAGCGUAUCGGUGUCGUGGGCCGCACGGGAGCAGGUAAGAGUUCGAUCAUGUCGGCACUCUUCCGUCUUCAGGAGCUGGCUGCCGGUUCCAUCACCAUCGAUGGUAUGGACAUUAGCAAGAUUGGUCUUCAGAAUCUACGAUCGAACUUGGCCAUCAUCCCUCAGGACCCUACCUUGUUCAAGGGAACUAUAAGAAGUAACUUGGAUCCCUUCCACACCAAGAGCGACCUAGAUCUGUGGUCUGCCUUGCGACAGGCUGAUCUUGUGUCAAACGAUGCAGAGAUGGGCGAUAAGACAGGGCGUAUCCACCUCGACUCUGUAGUGGAGGAGGAGGGACUCAAUUUCUCCCUGGGCCAGCGCCAACUGCUUGCUCUGGCUCGCGCACUUGUUCGUGGCUCACAAAUUAUUGUUUGUGACGAAGCUACGUCGAGCGUCGACUUCGAGACGGAUCAGAAGAUCCAGCAGACGAUUGUCGAAGGAUUCAGAGGCAAAACGCUUCUCUGUAUCGCGCAUCGUCUCAAGACCAUCAUCAACUACGACCGCAUCUGCGUUAUGGACCAGGGUCAGAUUGCUGAGCUUGAUACGCCCAUCAAUCUCUACGAUCAGGGUGGCAUCUUCAAGGGCAUGUGUGAGCGCAGUGGAAUCCGGCGAGAUGACUUCUUUGGGAAGAACCAAGGGGCAGGCGCGCGAUAG